CUUUCAACUUCUUCCUACAUAGAAAUUGAACAUGGCUACAGAAGAAGCUACACUUCUUAAAACCGUGGGAGAUAAGUACAGGUCUUUCUUGUAUGAUGAAGCAGACGAUAUUGAAUGGAGACAUGGUGGGCCUCCAACAUAUGAUGACGUUAACAGGCUCUUCGAAGAUGGCAGGACUAAGGAAUGGCCUAAAGGGUCACUAGAAGAAAUAGUGCAAAAUGCUGUGAAGUCCUGGGAGAUGGAGCUCUCACACAAGACUCGCUUGAAGGACUUCAAGACAAUCAACCCUGAGAAAUUCAAGCUCUUCGUUAAUGGAAGAGAGGGGUUAUCAGGAGAAGAAACUCUAAGAAUUGGGAGCUACAAUGCGUUGUUGAAGAAUUCACUGCCAAAGGAGUUUCAGUACUACAAAGCAGAGGAAGAGAGCUUUGAAUCAUCUCAUGAUGUAUUUCGAUCGGCUUUUCCUCGUGGGUUUGCAUGGGAAGUACUUAGCGUUUAUACUGGACCUCCCGAAAUUGUUUUCAAGUUUAGGCACUGGGGUUUCUUCGAGGGACCCUUCAAAGGACAUGCUCCUACUGGAGAGAUCGGUCAAUUUUAUGGAUUGGCUACUCUCAAGGUUGAUGAAUCUCUAAGGGUAGAAGAGGUGGAGGUGUACUAUGACCCAGCAGAGCUAUUUGGAGGCCUUCUAAAGGGUCAACCUGCAGCCACUGAAAGUUCAACUGCUACCCAUGAAUGCCCAUUUUCCAAAUAAAAUUAUAUGAUCAUGUUUUUUUUUUUUUUUUUUUUUUUGGGACUGAAAGCACAGCUGCUACCCAUGGCUGCCUAUUUUCCAAAUAAAAUUAUAUCUACAUUUUACCUAAGUAAUGUAAUGCUCUAUCUUGUCAUUUCUCCUCUUUCAUGCUUUUGUUGUACUAAGCAUGCUUGUCUUUUGUAUGUACAUUUCCAAAUAAAACUGUACGUACAUUUUACCUAA